AUGCAUGUGGCAGUGGUAGCAGCCGAGGUGAUACUGCUCCUAAGCAUGGGAUGGACAUCAGACUCUCUCUGCUCACCCACUGUUUUUUACAGAAACUGCUGGAUCCGCCGCUUCCCAGGUCUUCAAAUUGUUUUGGAAGAGUCUCAGAAGCUGGGAGCCCAGUUCUUGAAAUAUUAUUCUGAGAGCACUGGCCAGAAGUGCAGUAGGAGCUGCUGUCUUAGGAAAGAUGUUUCCUGUAAUUUGGCUGUCUUCUUCUAUGAUCCUAUUCAUGACAAUGUCAACUGCCUACAUAUUCACUGCCCAACCUUGGAGAGCUGCAUAUUAGAGCCCGGGACCAGUGCCAUUUUGUACAACAUAACAGAUGGUAUGGAUCCAGAUUUGCUGGUUUUUGAGCAAUCACCUCCCACAUAUCUAAACACCCGUUCUUCAUCUGAUAGGUGGGAUAGACUAAGGAUUCUAAAAGCUAUGAAUUUAGAUAAUAAACAACAAACUACCACGAUAAACCGUAUGUUGCCAUCAACAGAGGCUCCAUCAUCAGCCCCACAUCAAGAUUUGGUUGUAAACACAAACAGUACCGGUUAUUCCAAGGAAUUAACAACAGAUCUUUGGGCAAGGUUCAUUUCCCUGAAUGACUCCAUUACCACCAAGGUAAAUAUGGUGUCACCAAGCACUGACUUAAUCAGUGAUCCAGACAAUCAGACUGUUUCUCCUUUCUUUGUGCCCAUCGACACAAAGCUUUCUCUUAUGCCUAUUCCAUCCCGACUCAACAGUAGCAAGCAAUUACUAAAUAAAACCAAGGGGUACAACAGCAGAAACCAGACAUCUGAAAAUGAAGAAGAGACACUUAAUGGGGCACCUGUGACUUCAAAGACCUGGCUGGCUUCUGUGGCCUUAUGCACCUCUGUCCUCUUUCUUUGCUGUUGUAUGGUCAUCCUGGCAACCAGAUGCUGUCGAAAGCAACAGGGCCAGUAUAAACCAGGACAGCAAAAGUCAGGAUCCAAGCAAAGUAAAAAAUAUAAUAUGCUAAAAGACAACUCUUAA